AUGAUGGAGUGCUACACAUCGGACAGCUGCGACAGUGACAGCAGAGAGCAAAAAACACUUGAUCUAUCAAGCAGAUUGCUCGACUCAAUAACCAUAUCGUCCGAAUUGGACUCUAUUAUCAACGAGAAAGAUUAUGCGGAUAACUACGAGAUUAUUCUUCUCUACAGCAACCAAAUAAAGGAGCUUCCCGAAUCUAUAAACAGAUUCUGCAACUUGAAAAUACUUGAUGUUAGCAAUAAUAGAUUGACUGUACUCCCGGACCUGUUAAAAAACUGUCCGCUAACAUCCCUCAUUGCCAAGCACAACCACCUUACCAAUGACUCGCUCCCCAAAAGUUUCUUUUCCACGAGGAACACGCUAAGAGAACUUAAUUUAAGUGGAAACCAACUAAAUUACUUUCCAGAACAAGUAUUAGAUUUAAAUUCUCUUAAGUAUCUUUAUUUAGGUGGUAACAAUAUAGUCAACAUACCAAAGGAUAUAUGGAAAUUAAACAGCCUUCAAAUACUCUCAAUUGGCGGCAAUCAAAUAAUAGAUGUACCCGAAUCAGUUGGCGCACUAACUUCCCUUCAAGCGUUAGUCCUGAGUGACAAUCUGAUUGAGCAGCUACCAGCGAGUAUUGCUAGUCUAAAACAUCUUCGAUCCUUGCUGAUACACAAAAAUAAACUGAAGACUCUACCACCACAAAUAAUCAAGCUAAAAUGUUUAACAGAGUUGAGUCUCCGCGAUAACCCACUGGUAGUGAGAUUUGUUAAAGACAUGACGUUGCAACCACCAUCACUAUUAGAACUUGCAGGUCGUACUAUAAAACUAUAUGAAAUACCAAUAAGAAUCGGAGAAGUGCCGCUUACAUUAAUAAGAUAUUUAAAGGCGGCGGAACGUUGUGUUAACCCAAAAUGCAAAGGCGUCUUUUUUGAUAACCGUGUGGAACACAUAAAAUUUGUCGAUUUUUGUGGCAAAUAUCGCAUUCCUUUACUUCAAUACUUGUGCAGCUCAAAAUGCAUCACUGGGAGCUGGGAGAGUCGAGAAGUAGACAACAAUACUAAUACUCAAAUGAUGCGGAAAGUUCUACUAGGU